AUGGAUAAGGGGAGCGCGACGGUGAUAGACAACGAGAGGUGCUUGACCCGGGACGUAAAGAGGCAGUCGGUGCAAACAGGAGGUGACAGUGGAACGGAGUUGGAGUCACUUGGUGUGGCGACAAAAACUGGCGCAUUAUGGCUGUGGCAUCCGCCAAGGACGGCGGGCGGAUUAGCGAUGGCGUCGCCUAAUAGGUUUCUUGUACGCACCAUUGUGGAGUGGAGAGGAGCAGACGAGAAUUAUGAUCCCAUCUCAUGGAAGCAAAGACUGGAGAUAUGCAUCGGUCUACUUCGAGCUUUGCAUUAUCUUCAUACGGGAGCAAAGUUUGUACUAAUCCAUCGCGAUGUCAGUAGCAAGAACAUCCUUCUGGACAACCAAUGGACUUCGAAACUCUGCAAUUUCGGUUUCUGCAAGAGGGGGCCUCUUAGCCUAUUAAGGGGUAUAGUUUCCAUUGAAGUAGAAUCAGACAUAACUUAUACUUUUGCAUGCUUGGAUCCGAAGGUAGUAAUAACCAGCAGGGUAUCGGACAAAUCUGAUGUUUGCUCAUUCGGGGUUGUUCUGUUUGAAGUUAUGUGUCGUAGACGCGUAUUUGAUGCAGAAUUGGAGAUGGAUCGACGAAUUCUAUAUCAUUGGGCAUGUAAAUGCAUUGAGAAUGGACAAAUUUACAGUAUAAUUGAUCCAUAUCUAAAGGGAAAGAUAGCUCAACCGUGUUUGAAGAAAUUCUUGGAGAUUGCUUAUGGUUGUGUCCAGUUUGAGGUAAACAAAAGGCCUACAAUGGGUGAGGUGGAGGCGACGUUAAAUGGAGAGUAUAAAUCCGCAAGGUGA